GGGUGAGUAUAUAGGUUGUCUCGUGUUAUAUUUUCCGCGAAUAAUUUUUUUUCGUCUUUCAUUGGCUAGAAUGGUGGCGGUCAAUUGGAGUUUGAAUUGUCCUUGGGUGUGUGCUGUCGGGUGCUGUAUUUGCGUGGUUGUGUUUGCGUCGUUUGCCAGCAUAUGUGAUUACUGUAAACGUGUAUGAAACUAUUGUAACGCUUUGUUUUUCUUUGUUUGUGCAUGUACUAGGCAUUAUUUGUCGUACAAUUCGUUGUUUGGUCUAUUGGUUGCUUGCGAUGUCAACGAACCGGUAGUCAAUUCGCGUGACAGGAGCACAGAUUUAAGUGGAAUUUUUGCUGAAUACAUACUUGGAAAGCGUUUCUUCAGCUGGGAUGAAUUUGAGAAGUCAUUAGCAGAAUUUCAAAAAUUAUCCUACACUCACUAUGUUCAUAAUUGCAGCAAAACGAUGCCGGAUGCCAGGUUUAAGUACGCUUAUGUUGGUUUUAGAUGCACUUUUGGAGUGAAUCGUACAAGACGUGGAUUGAAAUUGAAAAACAAGUCGUCUAAAUGUUGCAAUUGCUCCUCUUCAUUUCGCGUGGUUUUGCAUCAUAGUGAAUACAUAAUUGCUUCCCACAAUAUGGUGCAUAACCAUCCAUGCAGCAGGGUGUACAUGCAGAAUGACCCAUGGUAUAGACGACUAACAGUUGAAGAGAAAGAAAAUAUUGAACCACUUCUUCAGCAAUCCCACUCAUCCGAUGAAAUAAUAAUGCAUGUUAAGGAGAAGUACAACAAGGAUAUAACUCGCAUUGACGUUAAAAAUAUGAAAGCCGCAGUGAAUAAAGGUAUUUCGAGUCGUCGUGACAUUUUUGAAUUCCUAAAAUCCCGUGGGAAGUUAAUGGAGUAUUAUUCCGAUGAACCGAUCAGGAAUUCACUAACAAGAAUUUGUUUUGCAACUUAUGAGCAAAUGGAAUUGUAUAAACAGUUCCCUGAAGUUGUUGGUAUUGAUUCGACGUAUAAUACAAAUAAAGGGAAGUAUUCUUUGUUCCAGCUACUUGUGACGGAUAAUUUUGGUCGUGGACGACCAGUUUUAUUUGCGUGGACUAGAAAAGAAUUCAAACGAGAUGUAGUUUGGAUAUUAGACUGUUUCCGGCAAAUAAUGGAAGACACCUCGAAAACAGAAUCCUUCAUUAUGGAUUGUGCGCAGGCUGAAAUAGCAGCCGUCAAGUUAACGCACAGACAAGCGCACAUUGUUUUGUGUUCUUUUCAUGUUUGCCGAGCUUUCUGUCGGAAGGUAAGUUUUUCAAAGCAUACUUUACAUUUUAUUCGUAGACAAGAAAUCCCAUUGUAAAGAACUACUUAUGCCGUCUAGUGCAGUGUAAAAGGAGAUCAGAAUUUAAUUUCUACUUCAGAGUUAUUAGCAGAUUGGACGCUAAUGUCAGUCAAUACCUACAACGUCGUUGGAUGCAUCGACGAGAAUUGUGGGCGGCCUGUUUCAGAGAUAACGUGCUGACUUUUGGGAACGAUACAAAUAAUCGUGUCGAGAGUUCCCACAAGCAGAUGAAACGGUUUUUGCAAAGAUCUGAUAGUCUGCAUAAAAGUAACAUAUACGAUACCAAAAAGAAGAUUAUCAAUGCGGGUAUGGACAGAAUUAAUGACAAAUUUGGAGAAGUGUUUGCCAAUGCUUAUGCAGACGGAGUAAUCGCAGGAAUCAAUCGUGUUCUUAAUAUGUAAAUAAACUAAAUUUUUGUCAUAAUGAAAAUAAAAUUUUCAUGUAA